UUCCAUCCACAAAACACAAAUUCUACAUAUAAAUAAUACUACUCUUCUCUACUCCCAAUCACCCAAGAAUACCAUACCCACCGUUGAUUCCCUCUUCUACUUAGCCAGAUAAAUGGCUGGGAUGCUCCCCGGAGUCGAAGCAGCAAGAAGAAGGAGAUUUCACCACAGCAAUCCCAUCGACGGCGCCGGCGCCGCCACCUCCACCACCCGUUCUUCUUUCUGUUUGUAUGCAACCAAUUACUCCCAUCAACUCAACAUCUAUCCUUCCUCUUCCACGGAAAGGAAGACGGGAGAGGAGGUGGAGUGUGAGGAUGAGAAGCUGGAUGCGACGGCGAGAGAAGCUAAGUGGAGAUUGGAUCAGAGGCUGCAGACCCAUUUGAGAUCAAAGAUCAAGAGGGGCACAAAAGGAAGAGAAACAUCAAUCUCUGUGGAGGGGAGGCUAAAGGAACAGACGGAUGUACCAACAGAUGUGUAUAAAGAAGUGAAGAAAAGUGGAUAUCAAAUAUUUAAAGCAGCUAAAUUGUCAAAAAUGCCCUUUAGUUUAUGAAGAUUCAUGGUUUCACAAAAUUUUGGGGAAGAUCAAAACCUGGAUUAGAUUUAGGUUAAUAUUCCAAUCCACCACAUAUUCUUGUAAAUAUUUAUCUAUUCUUGGAUUGUAAAGAUUGUUUUACAUGUUGAUGUUGCUUGAGACUCGCAACCGUUGCGCGAGGUGUUGUCCGCUCUAAUUUUAUUAUGAGCUUCUAAAAAAACAUUUUACUAGGAA